AUGACAUCUCCGAAUAUCAAAUCCCAGCCUAAAGUCUGGACAAAGGGCCCAUACCAAAUUUCAACCGACACGUUCUUAAUCCCUGUCGUAACAUUAAACUCCUGGUUUGCAAGCGAUGAAUUAUACUGGGCGAGACCAAUGCCCGAGCCCGCCUUGCGCGAAACACUACAAAACUCCCUCUGCUUCGGCUUGUACCACGGCCCACGCCAAAGCCAAGCCGACGAAAAAGCGCGAGAGCCCAAUACCAAUGCCCCCGAAUUCAUCGGCUUCGCACGCUGCAUCACAGAUUCCACCACGUUCAUCUACCUAACGGAUGUCUUCAUCCUGCCCUCUCACCAGGGGUCUGGACUCGGGACCUGGCUCGUGAAAUGCGUGCAGGAGGUUAUCGAGUCUAUGCCGUAUUUGAGGAGAUCGUUGCUUUUUACAGGGGAUUGGAAGCGGUCUGUGCCGUUUUAUGAGAAGUUUAUGGGGAUGAAGGUUUUGGAGUGUCGACCUCCGGUUGAUGGGCAAAAGGGCCAGGGUACGGCUGUUAUGAUGCGGAAGUGGAAAGGGGUUCCAGGCUUUGAGGGAGAUACUUAG